AUGAGCAUGGUAAAGAGCCCGGAGCGGCUGGAGCAGCGGUUGGCGGGGAUGGUGGCUGCCCCGGAGACGUCUCCAGCCUGGUCUGCACUGGGAGAGGAGGGGCUGGCGACCAUGAAACAGGACAAGAGCCACGGGCAGGACGAGGCAGACUGCAGGGCAAAGCUGAUCCUCCUCAAUGGGGACUGCAACAAUCCUGCCACACCCAGCGUUGUACUGGAGGCGAAUGGGAAGCCCAGUACUCCAGAUCCCAUGGACCUCGCGCUGUUGCCUCUGCAGAACAAGAAGGACAGCAAUGGAGACCUCUCCAAGGAGGACCUGGCCUGGCCACUUGGCCUGGCGGGGGUGCAGAAGGCAGGGCAGGCCCGGCACGUGACGAGGAUCAAGGACCGAAGCAGUGUGGAGGCUCUCAGGGACCUGCGAACUCCUGUGCGGGGCUCCAGGCGUCGCUCAGCCGUGUCCACACCGCUGACCAUCGACCUGACGGAGGAGGACUCCCGGGACUCAUCCCAGAGCAGCAGCACACUCUCCGGCAGCAGCUCCCAGGAGGGGCAGAAUGGCUCUGCCGAGCUGGGGGCUGAGGAGUCAGAGAGCAGAGACGCGGGGAUGGCACUGGAAUACCAGGAUGGGAAGGAAUUUGGAAUUGGGGAGCUCGUCUGGGGGAAGAUCAAAGGUUUCUCCUGGUGGCCUGCGAUUGUUGUCUCCCACAAAGCCACAGCCAAGCGCCAGGCUGUGUCAGGCAUGCGGUGGGUGCAGUGGUUUGGAGAUGGAAAGUUCUCCGAGGUUUCUGCGGACAAGUUGGUGGGACUGAUGGCCUUUAGGCAGCAUUUCAAUUCUUCCACGUUCAAUAAGCUGGUGUCCUACCGCCGUGCCAUUUACCAUGCCCUGGAGGUUGCCCGGAGCCGGUCGGGGAAGACGUUUACAACUGGCCCCAGGGACUCGCUGGAGGAGCAGCUGAAGCCGAUGAUUGACUGGGCAAUCACUGGCUUCAAACCCCUGGGGCUCAAGGGACUGCAGCCACCCAAAACCUCAGAAAAUGGGGUGCUGAGGAAUGGGACGGAGGAGGUGCUGUCCCUUGAACAGUAUCCCCCCACCAAGAGGCUGAAGAGCUACCCCUGCAACAAUGGCAAGGAGCAGCGCGUGGAAGAGGACCAGACCCGAGAACAAAUGGUUUCCGAAGUUACGAACAACAGCGGGAAGCUGGAAGACAGCUGUUUGUCCUGCGGGAGGAGGAACCCGGCCACCUUCCACCCACUGUUCAAAGGAGGCCUCUGCCAGACGUGCAGGGAUAGAUUCCUGGAGUACUUCUACAUGUAUGAUGAAGAUGGUUACCAGUCCUACUGUGCUGUCUGCUGCGCGGGCAAGGAGCUGCUGCUCUGCAGCAAUUCCAGCUGCUGCAGGUGCUUCUGUGUGGAGUGUCUGGACGUGCUGGUGGGGCGAGGGACGUCGGCCAGAGCAAAAGUGCAGGAGCCCUGGAACUGCUACAUGUGCUCACCGCAGCAGAACUACGGGCUGCUGCAGCGCCGGCAGGACUGGAACGCCCGUCUGCUGGACUUCUUCACCAGUGACAAGGGACAGGAAUAUGCUGCACCCAAAAUCUACCCAACAGUCCCGCCAGCAAAGAGGAGACCAAUCCGAGUGCUCUCAUUGUUCGAUGGGAUAGCAACAGGACAUCCAGGAGCGGCCACAUCGAGCUCUGCUGACGAAGGAGACCGGGAGGCUAAAGAGAGCAGUGCGACCUCAGACCUCUGUCCGUUGGCAGGGUACAUGGUGCUGAAGGACCUGGGCAUCCAAGUGGAGAAGUACAUCGCCUCGGAGAUCGGCGACGACCCCAUCACGGCGGGCACCGUGCGGCGGCCCGAGGGCAACAUCACCUACGUGCACGAUGUCAGGAACAUAACCAAGAGAAAUAUUGAGGAGUGGGGUCCUUUUGACCUGGUGAUCGGUGGAACCCCCUGUGACGACCUCUCCCUUGUCAAUCCAGCCAGGAAGGCGCUGUUUGAAGGAAGUGGGAGGCUGUUCUUCGAGUUCUACCACCUGCUCAACUACGCCCGUCCCAAGGAAGGCGAGGAGCGGCCCUUCUUCUGGAUGUUUGAGAAUGUAGUGGCCAUGAGGGUCAAUGACAAGAGGGACAUUUCCCGGUUUCUGGAGUGUAACCCAGUUAUGAUUAAUGCGAUCAAGAUAUCGGCUGCCCACCGAGCUCGUUACUUCUGGGGCAACCUCCCGGGGAUGGACAGGAUCUUUGGCUUCCCCCUCCACUACACGGACGUCUCCAACAUCGGCCGCGGGGCUCACCAGAAGCUGCUGGAGAAAUCGUGGAGCGUCCCGGUCAUCCGGCACCUCUUCUCCCCGCUCAAGGAUUACUUUGCCUGUGAAUAGCAAGCCCGAGUGUCCCUCGUCUCUCUGGUAAAGGUGCACAGCGCCGCUGCUGUGGUGGGAGAGGGACGGGCACGGCUGCCAGACUGCCAGGGCCCCGUCCCUCCCCGGCCACGUGCUGCGGGACCACGGCAGCCUGGCCCUGCAGGGAGAGCCGUCUGUAACCAAAGAACCUGGCAGGGUCACUUCUUUAAAGGAACUAACGGCAGUAGGAAAUGAUGGACAAGGAGCUUUAAUUAUCCAGCGCAGGAGCUCUAUGCAUCACUGAUGAGACGGGGAGUCUCCUCCACAGCAUUAACUAUUCUGGUUUAGCCUGGAGCUGGGAAGUCACCACUUGCUGAGCAGUCAGUGUGGGGGCAGCUGCCAGGGAGCUGCAGGCAAACCUGAACUACAGUGAAUUAAUGCUUUUCCUAAACAAACAAAACCUCUUGAAGCAACUGCCAAAAACCCCCAAACCGUAGCAGCAGGUGUAGGGGACCCUGCUCAGGUUACACACUGAACACAUGAUUAUACAGAAACCAAAUCUUUUUUAUUUUUAUUUUUUUUAUAAACUUUACUUUUGUUGUUUUAAUGUCUAUUGCUGCUUUUAAGGCAUUACAUAAGAAUGUGGAGAUUCCUAGACCUGAAUGUAGCUGAAACUGAACUGUGAGGUGAUAGAAUUACUUUUCUAGCUAGAACUGAAGAAAUACUGUUUUAUGUGUUUGGCUGUAGUUUACAGAUAUUCACUACUUCCUUUUUAAAGCAUCUAAAACCUUUCCUUACAUUUUAAAAUCCUGCUGAAUGGCUUGAAAGCUUACACAGUAAUUGGAGCAGGGAGGAUUUGGUCUCCAGCGUCUGUAAAGGAAGAUGUUCUUGGAGCAUCCAUUUCCCAAAUGAAUGUGGUAUGUCAGCAGGAAGGACAGCGUGGUGGUCAAUGGCAUCCUCAAACCACAGCCCCCCCAAAUGUCACGUACCAUGUCAUGAACCCGAGCAGCAGUGGCUGUGGGGCAGGGGGUUCCUUACAGGGAAAAUCCCACCUGACCCCUAUGGGGGGUGCAAGGUCCAGGAGUGCAGCACUGCUCUUUCCCGUGCCCAUCCCGUACUGUGGGCAGGGGGAGUGGACCCUGAGGGGCAGCGAAGUGGGAAAGCUGUGGGGGGGGCUGUGUGUGUCCCCCCACUGUGGGCACUGCCACUGCUGGGGGGUU